CCAUAUGACUCUAGACAUUUCGCUUUGUGUGUCUCAGCCUCUCAGGACAGGACUCGGAUCUGUCAGAGAGGAUCAGAGAGGAUUGACAGUUUGACACUCGUGUUUGGCAUGUGUGAAAUGAGUUAAUUAAACACGAAGAUAAAGGAUAAACCAGAGGUCUUGUACACAUCAGUGUAUACACGAUGACGACGCGAGAGAUAAAGAGGACGAAGAAAAAAAGUGCACAGAAGGAAAGUGUAACUCAGGAGGAAAACAAAGCGGAAAAACCGACCGAGUCCGUCAAGUCGAAAUAUGGACCUAUUGUAUCUUUUCCAUAUCAAAGGGUAUGGUCCAGGUGCGUUCUGAUACUUGGAGUCUUGCUAAUAGUUUGGUAUAAUAACAGACAGGGCAAAGAAGUAUAUCUAGCAAAACAGAAAGACGUACUGGUAAGUCGUACACAGAACGUUGACUGCUCUGUGGAUUAUAGAGACGAGUUAGAAAAAUACCCGGGCUGUGCACCAGAAAAAUGUGGCAGAGUUGUAACUGACAAACUCGUCUCGACAACAGAGGCAGAUGUUUUAUUGAAAGUAGCAAAAAAUGGGUUAGAUUUGGCUGGAUCUGAUGGCGGGGCCAGUAUCCUGGAUCUUCAUUCCGGCGCUCUUAGCAAGGGCCAGGGUUUUAUCAAUAUCUAUAAACAACCAGAAGCAAAGAAAAUAUUCAACAGUAUGGAUUCGGCAAUUUAUAAGGUAGUGAAAACAAAGAUACAACAUGCGGUGGCGCAUAAUUUUGGCAUAGAUGUAAAUAAGAUCUAUUUGACCAAACCUAGCUUCUUCUCACGAAUGACUAAUAAACCUGCAAAAACCAUACACGAUGAAUACUGGCAUCCACAUAUCGAUAAGGAAACAUAUGAAUCGUUUCAUUACACAUCGUUACUGUAUUUAAAUGAUUAUAGUAAAGAUUUCGAAGGCGGUAGAUUUAUAUUUAUUGACAAGAAUGAUGUUAAUACUACAGUAGAACCAAGAAAAGGCAGAGUAUCAAUUUUUACUUCAGGGAGCGAAAAUUUGCAUUUAGUUGAAAAAGUGAGAUCUGGUACUCGUUACGCCUUGACGGUAUCUUUCACAUGUGAUAGGUAUGCCGCAAUAUCUGAUCUGCUCUUUACCGAGACGUAAAUUAAGAUUUUUUUCAGUAACAAUUUUUUUAUUUACACAUAAUAUAGAAAGUGUAAUGUCGAUGAUAUUUGUAUUUACAAAUUGUUAAUGCACAACUGAAUUGUAUUGUAAAGGAAAAUAGGUAAAACAUACUGUUUUAGUAUAAAUUUGUUUAUGAAAAUUUAUCUGAAGAAUGUAGAAUGUUAAUAUAUUAGAUAUAAAUUUUUGUUAUAAAAUGUG